AGCGGCCUGGGUCCGCGCGCGGCUGGGGCCCCGCGGCUGUCCACCUCUUCCUCAUGCACAGUGACCUCCACAGCGCCUGUGCUGUGGCUCCUGCAGCCAACUGGUCCGUGGAGACAGAGCCAGCGGCAGGAGGAUGUCCAGCCUGGUGUCUGCCCACAGCGGGGCUCUGCCGGGAGGCCGCUGGCUUUUAACAAGGCAGUUGCUUUAAUUACACUUUGGGCAGAAUUCACAAAUUCAGAAAGUUUUUCUUGAAGGAAAUGAAACUAAAUAGCACAAAGGCAAAUCAUUGCGGUGGCAGAGUGAGCAGCACCAAGACCAGGGAUUUAAUGUGCAAAACGGCGCUCACCCCGGACUGGCGUGCUUUGGAUCCUCACACCCAGAAGUCUGCGUGUUUGAGACCCCAUUCUUCACCGUGUCAGGUGCAUUCAAGGAGUGGUUCUAACAUGUCCAGACCUUGUUCUUCAAACACAGCUGUUCCAAAUCCAAUACUGUCCUUCUUAGAUGUUAAACGGAUUUUAUUUCAAAAAAUUACCGACAAAGGGGAUGAGUUGAAAAAAGCCUUUCAGCUGCUCGAUACCGAUCAGAGCAUGACGGUGUCCAAGAGUGAACUCAGAAGAAUUAUCACAACCUUCCUGCUGCCUCUCACAAGAGAACAGUUCCAAGAUGUACUGGCUCAGAUCCCCCUCACCAGAUCUGGCACCAUUCCGUACGUUGAAUUCCUGUCCAGAUUUGGUGGAAUUGACCUAAAUAUGAAUGUUAUAAAGAGGGGAAGCGGGACUGAAAAGAACUGCUGUCGGACAUUGAAAGAACUCGAAAGCCAAGUAGGAGAAAAGAUUUCCAAAAACAUCAAAAGUGUCCUCAAAGCCUUCAAGCUCGUUGACGUUAACAGGACUCACGUGAUUCAAGCCCACGAGCUGCGGAGGGUCCUGGAGACCUUCUGUCUGAAGAUGAAAGACGAUGAGUACAAGAAGUUUGCAAAGCACUACAACAUUGAUAAAGAUGCCACAGUGGAUUAUAAUACGUUUUUGAAGACCCUCAAUACAAACAAUGAAUUGAACCUCAAAUACCACACAGGAAAUCAAGAGAUCUCACAGGAGAAUCAACAAGUCAAAAAUUCCAAAAUUGGGGAGUGCCUCCCCAAUCAUGUUUUAUCUGAAGAAGUCUGGAAAGACUACUCCGUAGAUGAAAUGGAGAGGACAUUUCGUCAGCAGCUCUCCAGGUACUACGAUAAGGUAGAGAAGGCCCUGGGUGCGGGGGACCCCACCCGGCGUGGCUACGUGUCUCUGAAUUACCUAAAGGUUGUCCUGGACACCUUUGUGUGCCGGCUGCCCAGAAGAGUUUUCAUCCAGUUAAUGAAAAGACUUGGCUUUAGGACCACCAGCAAAAUCGACUGGAAGCAAUUUCUGAUGUCAUUUCACGCUCCCGAAGGGCAGGACGCCAACAACAAAAUCCCCCUGGCCAAAGGAAAUAGCAUCAACUCCAGAAAUCUCUUUGGCAAGGAAAACAUCGUCGCAAGGUUGUUCGGUCAGGGAGAUCGCUGCUCCUCGCUGAGGAAGCUGCUGCUGAUCAUCAACGCGAAACCCGCAGGGCAGCUCACGGGGCAGGAGCUGCGGCACAUCCUCAGCUGCUCGGUGGUGAAAACCAGCGACGCGGACUUCAAGGAGCUGAUGCAGCAGCUGGACCCCGAGGACACCAAGCGGGUGGACAUCGGCGCGCUUAUGCACCUGCUCGAAGGGGACCCGAAGACAAGGAAGACGCCCGCCUGCCCGGACACGGAGGAGCCGCUCCUGGCCUGGGAUUCCGUGGAGGAGAUUGUUCGCGACUCGGUCUCCAGGCGUCUGCAGUAUUUUCACAACAUGCUACGGUCCUAUGAUCUCGACGACACGGGGCUCAUCGGGCGAAAUAACUUCAAGAGAAUCAUGCGCGCCUUCUGCCCGUUCCUGACGCCCGGCCACUUGGUGAAACUCUGCAGCAAGUCUCAGGACCCGACUUCGGGAAGGAUCCUCUACAAGCAGUUCUUGGCCGACAUAGGGAUUCCAAGCCCGGCCGCCAUCUCUCCUGAGCUCCGUCCCCUGGAGGAGCAGCCGCAGCCAGAUCUUUCUGCAGGAGCCGCGCCCGCUGAGGAGAGCACCUCCACCAAGACCAUGACCAAGGAUCAAGUGAUGGAAAGGCUCAAGGCCUGCGUCCAGCAGCAGGACCCAGCACUCAGAAAGCGGUUUCUGGACUUUAGCAAGGAGCCUGACGGCAAGAUCAGCGCUCUGGACUUCAGGAAGGUACUGGCAGAUAACGGGAUGGCCAUGGAUAACGACCAGUACGCUCUGCUGAUCAAAAAAAUAGGAUUUGGCCCAGAAGGGAUGAGUUAUAAUGAUUUUACUACAGGAUUCCAAGUUUCAGAGGCUAAAAUGAGUGGGCCAGAAGCGGCUCCUCGGACUCCCGAGGCUAAAAUGAGUGGGCCAGAAGCGGCUCCUCGGACUCCCGAGAGAUUCUUUAUAACUGCCGAGGAAUGCCAGAGGCUUUUCCCUCAGAAACUGAAAGACUCCUUCAGGAACCCCUACUCCGCCUUCUUCAAGGUGGACACCGACCGGAACGGCAUCAUCAACAUGCUGGACUUCCGCCGGCUGCUGCAGCUCAUGCUGCUCAACCUCAGGGACCGCGAGUUCGAGCGCUUCCUCAGCCUCCUGGGCCUGCGGCUCAGCGUCACGCUCAACUUCCGGGAAUUUCGGGGCCUGUGUGAGAAGAGGCCACCCUCCAGAGCAGAGGACGCCCCCCAAAGACUCGUCAGAUCAAAAAAGAAGGUCACAGAUUUGGAACUAGCUUGUGAACAGGCUCAUCAGUUUCUUGUCACCAAAGCAAAGCACAGGUGGACAGACUUGUCUAAGAACUUCAUAGAGACCGACCACGAGGGCCGCGGCAUCCUCCGGCGGCGGGACGUCAGGAACGCGCUGUACGGCUUCGAUAUUCCCCUCACGCCGAGAGAAUUCGAGAAGCUCUGGACGAGCUAUGACACCGAGGGACGGGGCUUCAUCACUUACCAAGAGUUCCUGGAGAAGCUGGGCAUCAGCUACUCGGAGGACGUCCACCGGCCCAACGGGGAGGGCUAUUUCAACUUCAUGGGCCACUUCACGAAGCCCCAGCAGAUACAGGAAGAGAUGAAAGAGCUGCAGCAGAACACCGAGACGGCGGCGCUGGCCAGGGAUAAGCUGAAGGACCAUUACCAGGACAUCAGCCAAGCGCUCAGCAAACUCGACGCGUCCAAGAGCGGCCACACGUCGCUGUCUGGGCUGCAGAAGGCGCUGCAGGCGAGCGGCUGUGCGCUGGAGGAGGAGGAGCUGACCCACCUUCUGAGCAGUUGGGGAAUCAGUUGGCAUAAUGAUUGCAUCAACUACCUUGACUUCUUACAAGCAGUGGAGAAUAGCAAGCCAGCAAAACCUCAGCCAGACACAAAGGAAGAGCAGGCACUGGUUGAUUUUUCGACACUGAACCCAGAGGAAGUUCUGAAGCAUGUCCAGGAGGUUGUCGCCGCCUCCGAACUGGCCUUGGCCGCGACAUUUUUGGCCUUGGAUAAAGAGGACACUGGCUUUGUCAAGGCUUCAGAUUUUGGACAAGUUCUUAAAGAUUUCUGUUACAAGCUCACAGAUAACCAGUAUCAUUAUUUUCUGAGACGACUGAGACUUCAUCUAAACCCCCAUAUAAACUGGAAGUAUUUUCUCCAGAACCUCAACGAUUUCCACGAAGAGAGUGCUGCUACGUGGGUGGAGAAAAUGCCCAAAGGCCCCCCACCCAGGUCGCCCAAGGACGCGGCGACCCAGGAGAUGCUGACUCGGCUCCACAAAGCCGUGGCCGCUCACUACCACGCCAUCGCCCAGGAGCUGGAGAGCUUCGACACCAUGAAGACCAACACCACCUCCAGGGACGAGUUCCGGGCCAUCUGCACGCGCCACGUCCAGGUCCUGACGGACGAGCAGUUUGAUCGACUCUGGAGCGAGAUGCCCGUGAACGCCAAGGGGAGGCUGAGGUACCAGGACUUCCUGAGCAGGUUCGGGUCUGAGAAAGUCGUGUCUCCGCUGGCCACGGGCGACCCGGCCCAGGCCCAGAGGGGGACCAGCGCCCCCGAGGCCUUGGAGGAAGACGGUUCUGCGGCCUCGACGCCUGCUGGCACCCAGAGAGCCGGGCCCCAGCCGCAGGGCCCCAGCGCCCCGGGGAGCGUGCCGGGCGCCCUGCCCCUGCAGAACUGCGAGUCCCUGGAGAACAAGCUCCGGAAGAGGAUCCAGGGCUGCUGGCGGGGCUUCCUGCGGGAGUGCAAGGAGAAGGACACCAACAAGCAGGGCGCCAUCUCCACCGCCGAGUUCCUGGCGCUUGUGGAGAAAUUCAACCUGGACAUCAGCACAGAGGAGGCCCAGCAGCUGGCGGUGAAGUACGACUUGAGGAGCAACGGGCAGUUCGCCUACUGCGACUUCAUCCAGAGCUGCGUCCUCCUGCUGAAAGCAAAGGAGACCUCGCUGCUGCAGCGGCUGAAGAUCCAGAACGCCCACAAGAUGAAAGAAACUGGUGCGGAGACGUCUUCCUUUUACUCUGCUUUGCUGCGGAUCCAGCCCAGAAUCCUGCACUGCUGGAGGCCCAUGCGGCGCUCCUUCAAGAGCUACGACCAGGACGGCACCGGGCUCCUGAGCGUGGCGGAUUUCAGGAGGGUGCUGAGGCAGUACGGCAUCAACCUCUCGGAGGAGGAGUUCUUCCACGUGCUGGAGUACUACGACAAGGCGCUCUCCUCCCGCAUCUCCUACAACGACUUCCUCCGCGCCUUCCUGCAGUAGCCCCGCCGCGCGGACGGAGGCCUCGGGGCCUGUCUCAAGACUCAUAAAGCCACACCAUUCGGGCUUUCACGAACCCUCCAGAGUGUCUCCAGAAGCACACCCCCACGCGCACCAAGCCCUGAGUCCUGUGCGACCGGGCCGGCCUGGCGCUGACCCUCAGCCCUCACGUCCUCGUGCCUGUCCGGGAGCCCCGAAGCUGCCCUGCCGGCCUCGGCUCCCUCACGACUUAGAGCAAAUAAAGACGUUAGUCUCUGAAGCAGUGAUUCUUGAGACAAAGGUAAAAUACAUAAGC